AUGGUGAGUCUGUUUGAAGUAACAUUGAAAGCAGCAGCAAACCAGGUCUGCCUUUACUGGAACGAGAGUAAGACAGAGUUUAUCACGACCUCUUUCAAGUUCACUGAACUUAAAUCGCUCAGUAAUAUAUCAAUCAAAAACGUUGACGACUUCAAAUAUCUUGAAUCUCACAUAGCAGACUCUCAAAAGAACCUUCGCAUCUGCAAAGCUCUUGCCUGGAAUGCAUGUAACAGACUUGAUAAGAUCUGGCACUCAAACCUUCCACACAAGUUAAAAGUUCAAACAUUUAGAACACUUAUUGAGCCGGUCUUUCUCUACGAAUCAGAGACCUGGACCUUAUUGGCUCUCAUAAAAGCAACUAGGGUGAACCAAUCUGCUCAGAAAGAUCUGGAACAUCAGUUGGAGAUCACACCGAACACUUAUUAA